AUGGCAAACUAUCAAUGGACUAGUUCAGGGGCGGGAGCCAAGAAGGCAACAACAUCUGAUGCCUUAUCAUUGGCUCUGACAAGAUACAGAGCAGCAAAGCCUGUUGCGGCACCGUCUCCAGUGACAAAAGGAGCAACAGCCAUGGUCGGUACAGUCUCGAAGGAUCCACCAGGAAGGCCUCUGAAGAGCUGCCUCAAGUCUUCCUCGCACACUCAGUCCGCUGACUUGGGCCCCAACAGCGAUGUGGACGACAUGGGAAUCAUCCAUAGUCUCAGGAAGGGAGGGACGCCUUCCAGAGCGAAAAGUACGCCUGUCUUGGAUCGGGAGGGUCAAGCUCUUCGUCGUCAAAACCGACGAAGGAGGAGGCAAAAGCGUGUCUCUGACCCCAAUGUCUUUGUACCCCCAAAGGGAAUCCUCAAGAAGACUUCGUCGUAUCAAUCCAUGAGGUUCAUGAGUGAACCCCCACCUCCGAAGUCAAUGACUCCUCGAAAGAGUGUGAGCUUUACUGGCCUGAGUCGUUGCAGAUGGGAGAGCGAUGGAUCCGAUCCGAAUCUCAAGGCAAAGACAACGGCGGCCAAUCAAGAAGUGGUUCCCUCUAGCAAAGGCAACUUUGCAUGGGGAAGCAACCAAUCGUCCAAGAAGGCAGCCACGAAAUCGUUGUCCACCUCGAGUCUUUCGCGUCUGAGACAAGAACUGAGCACGAAGAAGAAAAAGUAUGGUAGCUUGGCGGCGUGUGCACCCACCAAGCCCAGUCGGACCAGUAGUGAUGAUGGUCACUGUAGAGGUACUAAUCCAUUUCAGGCAUCGCUCGAGGACUUUCAGUCUGUUCUGGCCCAAAGCACCCGUCCUCAGCUCUCUACACCCAAGCCCUUCAAUACAGCUCCAUUAUUGCCCAGGCGUCAAGGCAGCUUUGAUCAUGAAGAAGAACUUCUAUUUUCCAGGACAGUCCUCCAAUUGAAAGCUCAAGAAACCAAAGCCAAUGACCUUGACGAUGCCAAACCCACCAUUCCGCGUGCAAGACAAGCUCCCAGCAUUCCAAAUCGACGUGGUAGCAUGGAGCACGACAACCAGUCGCUCUCACCAGUGCCAGCUCCUGAUAGGAAGAUCUUUCAAGGAGUAGCAGCGAACGACUUUGUUACCACCAAGUCAGUGCAGUAUCGACCCCCCAGCAUGCCUGUCCGCAAACAGAGCAAGGAGCACCACGGUCACGAAGUACAGCUGUCAAAUCCGUUUCCACUUGUUGCUUGA